CAGGGUCAGCAUGUGCAGCCGGCCGCUCAGCGGUGAUAAAGCCGGCAGCCGGCAGAGAGACAGACAGACAGCUUCCAGCGCCAGGCCACCCUCCAGACCCGCGCAUGGACUGAGUGCAUGGUGCAGUCAGACAUGGCGAAGCCCCUGCUGUCCGCUGAUCCCGUGGAAGGCGCCACGCCGCGCGUCCUGCCGCACGGAGACACCGUCGGGAUCCUGGGUUCCGGAGACUUCGCCCGGUCGCUGGCCGCCCGCCUGCUCUUCGCGGGGUUCAAGGUGGUGGUCGGGAGCAGGAACCCCAAGCGAAGCGCGGCGCUGUUCCCGGCGGAGGUGGAGGUCACGCUGCAGGAGGACGCGGCGAAACGCGCCGACCUGCUGUUCGUGGCCAUGUUCCGAGAGCAUUAUCCCACGCUGAGCCGCUUCUCGGACGCGCUGGCGGGGAAAGUCCUGGUCGACGUCAGCAACAACCACGAGAUUAACCUCCACGGGGAGUCCAACGCCGAGUAUCUGGCCUCCCUCCUGCCAAAAUGCCACGUGGUGAAAGGGUUCAACGUGGUGUCAGCCUGGGCCCUGCAGUCCGGACCCCAAGACGGUAACAAGCAGGUGCUGAUCUGCUCUGACAGUCCCGAGGCCAGGAGCCGCGUCUCGUUGGUGGCCCGCGGGAUGGGGUUCAUUCCGGUGGAUAUGGGGGCCCUGUGUGCGGCUCGUGACAUCGAGAACGUCCCUCUGCGCCUCCUGCCCUCCUGGAAAAUGCCCGUCCUGCUCGCCGCCGGCCUCUUCGUCUUCUUCUAUGGUUAUAAUUUUGUGCGCGGAGUCCUGCACCCGUACCUCGUGGAGAAGAAGAACGCUUUCUACACGAUGCCCGUCAAGUUGGUGAACGUCACCCUUCCCUGCGUGGCCUACGUCCUGCUGUCCCUGGUUUACUUGCCGGGAAUCCUGGCCGCGUUUUACCAGCUGCAUUACGGCACCAAGUACCGGCGCUUCCCCGGCUGGCUGGACGGGUGGCUGAAGCACCGGAAGCAGAUGGGGCUGACCAGUUUCUUCUGCGCGUCUCUGCAUGCCGUCUACAGCCUGUGCUUGCCCAUGCGCCGCUCCGCUCGCUACCUCCUCAUUAAUGAAGCUGUGAAGCAGAUGAAGGCGAACGCGAGCGGCGUCUGGGUGGAGGAGGAGGUCUGGAGGAUGGAGAUUUACGUCUCUCUGGGGAUCAUCGCGCUCGGCACCCUCGCCAUCCUCGCCGUCGCUUCCUUACCGUCCGUCGGAAACUCGCUCAACUGGAGAGAAUUCAGCUUCAUCCAGUCGAAGCUGGGAUUUGCCGCGCUGAUACUCGGCACUCUACACACGCUCACGUUCGGCUGGAGACGCGCGUUUCUCCGCUCUCACUACAAGUUCUUCCUGCCCCCGACCUUCACGCUCACCCUCGCAGUCCCCUUUGCUAUUAUUUUGGGGAAGAUGGUGCUCCUCCUGCCGUGUGUCGACACGAGGCUGACGCUGAUCCGCAGAGGAUGGGAAAAGGGAAGACGCGUGACGUUCGCUGCGCAAACCGACGCCGAAUUAGCCCAAAGUGCGAGCAGCGUUUAGAUAACCCUGCCCCAAAAAGGGCAAA